UACGGUACGCCAUCUGUUGGUGGAGGAGGCGGUGGCUGCGGCGGGGGUGGUUGCGGUGCCGGAGGAAGUUUUGCAGCACCACCAGUACCGGGGCCAUUAGGUGCGCCCGGUGGUACCUAUCUUGCGCAACCAGCUGCACCAGUCGCAAUCAGUUACAACAGUGGUGGUGGCGGACCCUCUUAUGGUUAGUUUUUCUAUAUGCUAAUGUAGUAUGUGGCCUGUGUCGUGAAGACACUCCAUAA